UAAAUUACAGUUAAAACAAUAAGGGUGCAAUUAUACGUAGAGUAGAAAGAGUGUUGCUCCUCUCCCCCCCCUGAUAAACAAUGGUAUACUCCUUUAACCCACGUGACAUCACUCCUCCCACACUACUCUGCGUUUCCCCGGCUGCUCUUGAGUGUUGUGUGACAGACGUGUCACAUGGCGCCAACAGGUCAAAUGAUGGAGCUGCCACCUAAAGGCGAAGAGAACCAACUGCGGUGGGACCUUACUCCAGAGCAGAUCACCUCAAUGGCUGGCAAGCUUAUAGAGAAAAUCAAGUGUGUGUACGACGCGGUGGGGAGCCUUGAUAUCACCUGUGUCACCUAUGAAAACACGCUGAAGGCACUGGCGGAUGUGGAAGUACUGUACGCAGUUGAGAGAAACAUGCUGGAUUUCCUUCAGUAUGUGCAUUCCGAUAAAGAUGUCCGAACAGCAAGUACAGAGGCUGAUAAGACCAUGUCCGAGUUUGAUGUAGAGAAAAGUAUGAGGGAAGAUGUAUAUAGAAGGCUUGAGCACUUACAGGCCGUGUUAUCACCUGAUACCUUGAAACCAGAGGCAAAGAGGUACUUAGAGAGACUCAUCAAAUUGGGUCAGAGGAAUGGCUUAAACCUGUCCCUAGAGAAACAGCAGAAAAUUAAGGACAUUAAGAAAAGAAUUAGCACCCUUUCCAUUGAUUUCAGCAAAAAUUUAAAUGAAGACAUUACGUUCUUAACUUUCUCUAGGGAGGAACUAGGAGGUCUUCCUGAUGAUUUCUUGAAUGCCCUGGAAAAAGCAGAGGAUGGAAAAUUAAAAGUUACUUUAAAAUAUCCCCAUUAUUUCCCUCUGAUGAAAAAAUGUUUUGUUCCCGAGACCAGGCAAAAGCUUGAAUUCGCUUUCAACUCCCGCUGCAAAGAGGAGAACAACAAUCUCCUUCGAGAACUUGUAAAGCUUAGAGACGAGAAAAGCUGUUUACUUGGGUUUGAUACUCACGCUGAUUUCAUCUUGGAAAUGAACAUGGCAAAGAACAGCAAGAUGGUGGCUGGCUUUCUAGAUGAAUUAUUCCAAAAACUGAAGCCUUUGGGAGUGAAGGAAAGGGAAGUCAUGUUAGAACUCAAAAAGAAGGAAUGUGAAAAGAGAGGAUUUGAGUUUGAUGGGCAGAUCAAUGCUUGGGACAUGCAAUACUACAUGAACCAGGUGGAAGAGACCACGUACAGUGUGGAUCAGAACCUUCUUAAGGAAUAUUUCCCUAUGGAAGUUGUGACAUCUGGUCUGCUAGAUAUUUAUCAAGAGCUACUUGGCCUUACUUUUGAGCUAGAAAAAGGUGCUUCUGUAUGGCAUGAGGAUGUGUCCUUGUAUUCUGUGCGGAAUGCCAAGACAGGGAAGCUUAUGGGACAGUUCUACCUUGACUUAUAUCCUCGGGAAGGGAAAUAUUCCCAUGCGGCUUGCUUUGGAUUACAACCUGGUUGUCUUCUACCAGAUGGUAGCAGACAGAUGUCUGUUGCUGCUAUGGUUGCCAACUUCACCAAACCAACACAGGAUGCUCCAUCACUUCUGCAGCAUGAUGAAGUAGAGACCUACUUCCAUGAAUUUGGACAUGUAAUGCAUCAGAUCUGUGCUGAGGCAGAUUUCGCAAUGUUCAGUGGAACACAUGUAGAAAGAGAUUUUGUUGAAGCUCCCUCACAGAUGUUGGAGAAUUGGGUGUGGGAGAAAAUAUCUCUACAGCGAAUGUCAAAACAUUACAAGACUGGAAGCCCCAUACCAGAUGACACAUUGGAGAAGCUUGUGAAAUCACAUCUGGCAAACACAGGUAUUCUGAAUCUUCGACAAAUCGUUUUAGCCAAAAUAGACCAAGUGCUCCACACACAGAGAAAUGUAGACCCUGUUGAUGAAUUUAGCAAGUUGAGUAAAGAGAUUCUCUGCAUCCCAGCAACACCAGGGACAAAUAUGCCUGCUACAUUUGGUCACCUUGCUGGAGGAUAUGAUGCCCAAUAUUAUGGUUAUUUGUGGAGUGAAGUGUAUUCCAUAGACAUGUUUUACACACGGUUCAAACAGGAAGGAAUUAUGAAUCAAAAGGUGGGUGCUGACUACAGAAACUGCAUUCUGAAGCCUGGUGGAUCUCUAGAUGCUAGCGAAAUGCUAAGGAAUUUCCUUGGUCGUGACCCAAAGCAAGAUGCAUUCCUUCAGAGCAAAGGACUGACCAGUCUGCCAUGCCCUGUUCCAUCAGCUUGUUAAUAAGUUUGCGCCCCCAGAAGUACCCAGAACACAAGAUUCUUCCCUGUGGAUGAACUAUAAUUUCUGAAAGGUGUAGUUUCCAUUAAAAAUGCUACACUUUUAGGUAGAAAAAAUACAUAAGAUCAGAAAUACAUCAGAUUAAAUAUUAGAUGCCUUUGAAACUCUUACACUUCUCGACCUGUACCUUCUACACAAUGGCUUUGAUAACAGUUAACCGCUUUUUCAAUCAGAAUUAAAAAUGUGGUCCAAAAAUUA